AUGGGUCCGGUCUUUGCAUUGUUGGUUUUGCUCUUUCUGCCGAACGUAGUGGGCGGGUUUCAUGCAUGCAUGGCGUUCUUGGAGAGGGCGUGUGUCAGUGUGGCGAAGCAACAACAUGACCUUGUUUGUGUUACUUGUACUAGUAUAUUUGGGAAGUGCGCAAGACGGGCAUAUGGCGACGCCAGUUCGCGGACCGAGCUGCUUGGGGAAUGGGAACGAUGUUACGAUGGUUAUGAUUGGUGCGUUGUGUGUGCGAUUGAGGGUUAUCCGAGAGGGAUAAGAGGGAGAGAUUUAGUAGUAGUAAGUAGGCUCUUUGGAUAUGAGUACACAUAA